CCUUAGACACGCGACACCAGCUAUUACACUGUACCUGCUGCAAUUCGGCCACAUCCAUUACCCCCAGCGUUCCAGACAAAUUUCAAACCUCGCACGAUUUCUUCAUUUCAUUCCCUACUUUAUCUAGUCUACUGUUUUCUCCUUUUGCUCUCGGUUUCACUUUUCUUCUCGUUCCUCACUCUACUCUCUAUUUCAACUGGCUAUGCUUACGCGAGUUGCCUUCGGUUCCAGUGUCUUCGUUCGUUAGGGAGAGCUACAACAUUUGGGUUGUGUACCGAAACAAUCCUAGACAACCUUCCAUUCCCCAUGAGUCCAACCGCAUUCCCCAACCAGAAUGCGCCUCAGCCAGGCGCUUCCCUUACGAACCCGCCAAAGCCGAAGGCUAUAGCACUCAAUGGCUCUCCAUUGCCUACACUUUCACAGACACAAGACGACGACAAGCCGCUGUUAAUAGACAAGCCAUCGGAUGCAAAUGAUCUUGCUAACAAGAUGACUACAACAAACGACGCAAUGACCUCUCACAGCCCCAUUACGAAUACUACGAAAACCGAAACGAUUAAUACAAGAACUGCAACUGAAGAUGGUACUCCAAUUGCAAAAGUCAUCCACUUUUUUGCUACAGCGACUCCAGAGUCACUCGCCGGCGUCGCAGUUGGUUUCGCUGCCUUCACAUACUUCACUAUGGGACGUUUGGGUCUCGUUCUAAUCGGCGCUUUUGGCGGAGUAGCCGGAUUCAUCUCGUGGGAAGCGCGCAACCCAGAGCUCGCUAAAGCUGUGCGAGGAGAGCGAGGGAUCGACGUUGUAGAUCGUCUUCUAGAGGUCAAGAACAACCGGGCAGGAGAGAAACGCGAAGACAGCAGCGAUGAUGAGGAGCCUGCUUUGAAGAACUUUGACGAGUUCCGGCCAGAGACUCGUGAAGCCCUUGGGGGUCUUGUCGAUGCUGUUGUUAGGGACUAUGUUAAGUGGUGGUACAAUCCGAUUGUUCCGACUGAUCACUCAUUUCCUUUGGCAUGUCGCAAGACGCUCACAUCUUACCUUCUCUCUGUUUCUAGCCACCUCAGCCGGAAGCGACCUGCUGAUGCAUUUCUCGAUCUUCUUACUAACUCGUCCUCCAUCAUCAUCGUGUUCAUGUCCGAGCUCGCAUCCGCCUUUUCCGAACUUCCUCCAGAUAGCAGUACGACUGCUGCUGACGCCGUUUACAACUAUCUGGCAUCCAACCCCGACUGCCAUUUAGCCAAUCUUUUGAAUCAACGUCAGCAAGCGUCAAAAUUCAAAAUGGUGGCUGAGGACCUUCUUGGUUUUCUGGACCGAAACUCGUAUAACUGCGACCCUGCCAGGGUUUUCUUACGUGAGAUCCUCGCGAACUCGGUUCUUGAAAAGACACUACAUACCUGCAGUCAAGCCGAUUGGAUUAACGGGUGGAUCGUAUACUUGUUAGAAGCUGGUGAACCAAACCUAAAUCAGGCUAUCGAUGUUGGCAUGCAGCGAGCCCCAGAGUCGAGCAUAGCGGCGACUAACGUCUUUGCUGAUUUGGAUGGAAAUGUCGGAAACGUUGGGAUCGCCAAGCCAGGGCGAAGUUCUUUGGAGACAGAAAGGGCUCGACGCAAGGAGCCCCUUGGACACAAGAAGAAGCUGAGCAAGGCGGAGGAAGAGAUGGAUGAAGCCAUGCAAGAGAUGAAACGCAUGAACGAAAUGAUUGCUGAAGAAGAAGCACGCCGGAAACGCGCUUCGGUAGUUUCUUUUCAUGAUUCAGCAAUGGAUCUAAACAAUACUGAAAAGAAAUUGUCUGGCGCGCCAGAUCUUUCAGCAGCUACGAAACACGAUAUGCCCCUACCAUCAGCGACAUCAACAGAAGGGUUCUCAUCAAAGAGUGACAUAGUCCAAACUCCUAUCACACCUCGAUCGCCAAUGGAUUCCUCCAGCCCCGAGUCGUCCCCUCGUCGAUCCGACGGCACUCGCUUCACCAGCUUCGAUCAAAUCGUACCACCAGGACAAGUCGCAGAUGAAGGAGAAGAGGAUGCCCCUAAGAAAGCUCCACUAACCCUUCACAAUGCUACAAUAACUGUUCAUGAUGAUACCCCUGGCGAACCAAACCGAAUUCGCAGCAAACCUAACUGGGACUACUGGGUGCAGGUUGAGCCGUCGGCUACUGCGUAUCCUGGGUGGAUGAUAGUACGAAGAUAUGCUGAUUUUGAAACCUUGCAUGAAAUCCUCAGACGGAUUGCCAACAUAUCUGGUGCAACUGCUUUCACCGAACUUCAUAAAGACUUGCCUGAUUGGAAGCUUCACACUCGCGAAUCUCUGCGCGGUGAAUUGGAGAGGUACCUUCGAGAUGCUUGUUGGUACCAGAGCUUGGCUGAAAGCGAGGGCAUGAAGCGAUUCCUCGAAAAGUCAAAGGGACAUACCCACAGCGAAUCCAAAGCAGGCUUUGGUUGGGAAACUAUGGGCAAGGGGAUGUUGGACGCACUGACAUCAGGUCCUAAGGGUGCUAUGGAGGGUGGCAAGAGUCUUGUGGGUGGUGUUACUGGAGUUUUUGGCAGCACAUUUUCUGGUCUCAGCAGGAAAUCUACCCAGUCAGUAGAUUUGACGGCUAACUCUAGCCGACUUUCGAUCUCGACACCUCCCAGCCAGCUUAGCGGUGUACGAUCUCCCGUUCGCUCUGCGAGAGACAGCAUGGACAGCCAGCGCUCGUCUAUUGUAUCAUUGCAGCCAGGGAAAAUGCCUCCCAUGGAGCGUCGUCCUAGUUAUCAGUCACAAAGCGAGUCGGAUGCGGACAUUCGCACGAGCCGUUCGGAAUGUAAAGAAUCUGCUUCAGCGUCGGCGAGUGCUCUUCCUAGUCGGGAGCAUAGCCGUGCACCUAGCCUUGCUCAGCUGCGAUCCCCAUCAGCUGCCAGCCUCGACUUCACUAAACUUCCGCCCCCGCCGGAUCAGAUUGCGGACGACUAUGGUUCGCCUGAAGGCAAUGUUGAUAUGCAGAGCGGAAAGGGACAGCAAGACCGCAAAGGCUCUCAGCAAAUCCCAACGCCUCCCCCUUCGGUGACUGACAGCAAGAGGGCAUCUUUGAAGCCUGGUAAACAGUAUACCCCUCUGUCAGAGCCCGAGACUCGUGUUGCGGUUGAGCUUCUGUUCGCUGUCAUCAACGAGAUGUACACUCUGUCAUCAGCGUGGAAUAUCCGACGUACUCUUUUAACGGCUGCAAAAUCCUUUCUCUUGCGACCCGGCAACCCGUCUCUCUUGACUGUGCAGUCACUGAUUCAGAAAUCGGUCAUUGACGCCAAUACAUCGGAUUCAGGCAUUGCGGAACAGCUUCGCAAGAUACGAGAAAACAUGAUGCCAACGGAGCAGGAGCUUGCGGGCUGGCCAGCUGAACUUACAGCCGAUGAGAAGGAGAAGCUCCGCGUCAAAGCCCGCCGACUGCUUAUUCAGAGUGGCCUUCCAGCCGCUCUGAUGGGUGUCAUGGGCCAGGCGGCGACAGGCGAAGCACUCGGCCGAGUCUUUGACUGUCUACAAAUUGAAGAAGUGGCAAGGGGACUUCUCUUUGGCCUGAUCUUACAGGUUGUUCGAAUUGUGACGCACUAGAGAAUCGGUGCGAGUAAUAUUUAAUGUGAUGGGAAGCAUGAAUGGUGUUUGGUGCAUUCGAGGGCUGGCUCAUCUCACGAAGUGCACGGUGGAUUGUACGAAUUUUGAAGAGACAACAACUGGCAACGGAAUGGAGCAAAGGGACUGACGGUUAUUACUCUUCGUUAUUGCACAAGGGGCGAGCAUCUUGUAAUGAUAGAUACGCAGACGAGAAGACCUAGAUGGUCUCAGUCGUUAUUAAUAUGGAACACCUAUAAACAAGUUCGACUGACUUGAACCG